UGAAAAUCUAAGAAAUGAACAAAUUACGGCAAAGCUUUAGGAGAAAGAAAGAUGUCUAUGUCCCAGAGGCCAGUAGGCCUCAUCAGUGGCAGACUGAUGAAGAAGGUGUUCGUACUGGCAAAUGUAGCUUUCCUGUUAAGUACCUGGGACAUGUUGAAGUGGAUGAAUCCAGAGGAAUGCAUAUCUGUGAAGAGGCUGUGAAGAGACUGAAAUCUCUACCUACAGUAAUAGCGCUCGACUUGUCCCCCCUGUUCCUCCAGGAAAGGAAGUUCUUCAAAGGCUUCUUUGGAAAAACUGGAAAGAAGGCGGUUAAAGCAGUCCUGUGGGUUUCAGCGGAUGGACUCAGAGUUGUAGAUGAGAAAACAAAGGAUCUUAUAGUUGAUCAGACAAUAGAGAAGGUUUCUUUCUGCGCACCAGACAGAAACUUUGACAGGGCGUUCUCAUAUAUCUGUCGAGAUGGCACUACGAGACGCUGGAUGUGCCACUGCUUUAUGGCCGUAAAGGACACGGGGGAAAGGUUGAGUCAUGCCGUGGGCUGUGCAUUUGCAGCAUGCCUGGAGCGAAAGCAGAAGCGAGAGAAGGAGUGUGGAGUGACUGCCACCUUUGAUGCCAGCAGAACCACAUUCACUAGAGAGGGGUCAUUCAGGGUCACUACAGCUACUGAACAAGCAGAAAGAGAGGAAAUUCUGAGACAGAUGCCGGAUGCUAAAGCUGAACCAGAAGUGAAAACAGUAGCGCCAAGUGCUGCACCAAACAAUACUGCUCCCUCUCCUGGCUCGCCAACCUCUCCUACGGCUGAUGUUGCUGCCUCUCUGGAUAAAGAAAUGAACAAUCCCCACGCUAUUCCUCGAAGGCAUGCCCCUAUAGAACAGCUUGCCAGGCAGGGUUCCUUCAGGGGUUUCCCUGCCCUUAGCCAAAAGAUGUCUCCUUUUAAGCGCCAAUUGUCUUUGCGAAUAAACGAGCUGCCUUCAACAGUGCAAAGGAAGACUGACUUCCCUAUGAAAAACUCAGUCCCUGAGGUAGAAGGGGAAGUCGACAGCAUUAGUGCCCUCUGCUCUCAAAUCACCAAUGCUUUCAGCACACCAUCGGAAGAUCCUUUCUCUUCAGCCCCCAUGACAAAACCAGUCACAGUAGUUGCACCACAGUCCCCUGCCUUUCAAGUUAAUGGCACUGCCUCUGCCUUCUGUGUGCUUGCUGCUAAACCAUCCCAAGCCGCUGUAGUGUCCACAGCUAUGCCAGUUCGUGAAACCAAUCCCUGGGCUCAUGCUCCUGCUGCUAGUACUGGAGCUGCAGCCAUGGUCUCUGGAGCUGAGUGGAGCACCUCCUCAGGUGCAGCCUCACCAAGUCUCUUCCAAGGAAAUCACAGACGUACUCCUUCAGAGGCAGACCGCUGGUUGGAAGAGGUCUCAAAGACUGUCAGAGCCCAACAGCAGCCAGCCCCAGCCCCGCAGCCACUACUCCAACCUCCUCCAGCAACUUCCCAGUCAGCACCAGCUUUCCCAGUGAACACCUUCAUUGCACCUCAGCCUGUGCCGGUUGGUGUGGUGCCGCCCAUGCAGCCGGCAUUUAUUCCAGCUCAGCCCUAUGCUGUAGCGAAUGGAAUGACCUAUGCCGCUCCGAGCGUACCUGUGGUUGGAAUCACGCCUUCCCAGAUGGUAGCCAAUGUCUUUGGUACUGCAAGUCACACUCCAGCAGCCCAUCCUCAUCAGUCACCCAGUCUUGUUAAACAGCAGACGUUCCCGCAGUAUGAAACCAACAGUGCUACGACCAGCCCUUUCUUCAAGCCACCUGCACAGCAUAACGGCUCUGCAGCUUUCAAUGGAGUUGAUGGUGGCAAAUGGGCUGCAGAGGACAAGCAUUCACAGCCUCCCGCAGCCGCUCCACAGGUAGACCCGUUUGAAGCACAGUGGGCAGCACUAGAGAGCAAGGCAAAGCAACGCACUAAUCCCUCGCCAACUAACCCCUUCUCAAGUGAUUUACAGAAAACAUUUGAGAUUGAACUUUAAACAGUCCUGCAAGGGUAAGUUGUAUAUUAGUAGAGAGGGAUAAAGGGAGCUGGGGAAGGGGGGGGAGGGGCCUUGUUUCUGAUCAGUUUGCUUUGAUAAUCCCAAAAAAAAGUCCCUUCAAAUGAAAAAUGGGUUAGGAAAAAGGAACAAUCAUGGGGAGGGUAUAAACAUACAAAGAAUUGAAUGUGCUAUUCUUAAGAGGAGUCCUGAAACCAGCCCAGUCUGCAGUCCCUCCUCACUUGGAAAGCUGGAAGUCAAACAGAGCAAAGAAGGGCAUCAGUCUCGAAGCCUGUUCUGCAGAGACAUCAAUGAUCUCACAGAAAGGAAGACAAAUAUUGUACCUGUGUCCUUCACAUGCCCUGUGAGUCCUGGACUUUGCCCCACCUCCACUCCCCCAUGGGAAAGAGAGAGGUGUUGGCCGGGGGGCGGGGGGGUGGAGUAUGGGAGGGAGGUUGUCACCUGCUUAGCAAAAGCUAGGUUUGUGGAAAAAGUUGAGCUUCCAUUUUUGAGUAACAAAGUGAAUAUUAUAUAUAAAGAAUAAAGUAAAGCCAAAAUCUUUAUUUUUAUGCAUUUAGAAUAUUUUAAAUAGUUGGAUAUUAAAAGCUGUAUGAGUUGUA